AUGGAGCAUCAAACAAAAGAAUUGCUUGGAAAACUUGGAGACUUGCACUGUUUGACUAAAAGAAGCUUGCUUAAAAGAAAUGAUAACGAAAAAUGAGUUUGGGGAUUUAGAUUGAUAAGGAAAUCUAACCCCUUUUAUAAUGAAUAGAAACUUUAGUGCUGGCAAACCGUUUCCUAUUCACUAUAUAAAUAGAAAAACAGUAGCCAAUAACAAAUUUUAUUUAUUGUAAAGGGUAUAAUUUUUUUUAAUGCAGAUAAGUUAAUUGCAAAAAGAAUUUGUAGAGAUGUACAAGGAUGGAUCCUAAACCAUGAUACUUAUAUACAAAGCUAUUUCAAUAAAGUCAAAUUGUUUCAAUAUCCUGAACUCUGUAAAUCUUUUAAACAAAUAGCGACCUCUGAAUUUCAAGAAGCUCUAUUUCAACUUAUUUUACUAUCCCGAGAUAUUCAAGGUAUAGAAAUAGCUUCAUCAAAUGCAAUUUCUAUCUUAAAUUCUUCAGGAUUCCAGUUUUUUAAUAGAGAUAUGCACGGAAUCAAAGUUACUUAUGCAGAUUUGUCAGCAUCUUAUUUUUACAAUAGCAAUCUUGAAGGAAGCGAUUUAUCUCAUGCUAAUAUUUCGUUUUCCAACUUAGAAUAUACCAGCUUCAAAGGAUGCGAUAUGAGAAAUACUAGCCAUGGGUGAAUUUUAAUAGGCGAAAUGAAAAAGUGUGAAGAGGCUUGGCUGUCACCUUCAGGCAAAUAUUUUAUAUCAGAUAGCAAUUCCUGUUAUGGCAAAUUUUUUAAUUUAUGGACCUUAAAUGAAAAUGGGAUGGAUAAAACUCAAAAUCCUCAAGAAAUCACUGGCAAGCCUAUCCAAUUUUCGCCAUCCGAAAAUUAUUUCAUUUUUUUACUUAAUGAUUCCUUUUAUGCUAUUCAUGAUAUUGCAGAAAAUGUCAAUUUGCCAGAAAAAUUUCCAAGCCCUAAAGAAUUUUCAAUUUCACAAUCUGACACAUAUCUAGCAUAUUUUUCAUCUGAUAACGCCCUUUGAAUCAAAAAUUUAAAAACAGAAAUUACCUCCCUUGUAAUGAACUUUGACGCAAAGCCUAUCUUCAUAAAAUGAUCCCCAUCAGAAGAGUUUUUGCUUAUUGGCAAGUCUAACAGAGAAAGCAUUUUGUGAGAUUGAAGAAAUUGCAAAGAAACAUGACAUUAUUAUUUUGAUUUUAAUUUGAAAAAUGAUCCUUUAGAUCAUAUCUUUUCUUGUAAUGGAAAAUUUAUUGGAAUAUAUCAACUUAGAAAUCCAAGAAGCAUGUUUUGGAUUUGGAAUACUAAGAAAAAUGCACUAAAAUCUUUUUCUUUUAAAGAAAAAGGAGAAUUUUGUCUUCAAUUUUCCCCGGUAUUUGAAAAUAUAUUAAUUAAAUGUGGACGGCCUUCAUCAUUAUGAAAUGCAGAAGUUUCGGAACUAUUGACAAAUUUCAAUGGAUUUUAUUCCUUAGAGCCUGCAUUUGUUUUUUCUCCUUGCGGAAAUUAUAUAUUCUUGUUGUGUAAACAUAGAGGAGCUCUUGGAAUAUAUGAUUGCAAAAAGAAUGAUACUGUAAGAUUUAUCAAUUGCUACCUAGGAUUAACUAAUUAUCGUAUAUCUGUCAAAUGCCCACAAUUAGCCAUUAAAAUAUUUUCUUCAGAAUGUGUGGUUAUAGCUGACAGUAAUCUCAUCAAAAAUCUUUAUGAUUUCUUGGAUAAAAAUCGGAAUUUAGUGAGCAUAGCCAGCUUUUCUUUCGAUGAUAAAUACUUUGCUACUUGCUAUAAGUUAGAAAUAAAAAUAUGAGAUAUGAGAAGUAAAUCUAUAGUUUCUAUUAUUAAUACAAAUGAAGAAAUUGCUUCAAUACAAUUUUCCCCUUGUUCUGAUGUUUUAGUCACAAAAAGUAAUCCUUCCGAUCCUUUAACAGCAACAAUCUGAAACUGAAAGAAAAAUAAAAUGAUUUGGAGAGAUAAAUUUAUAACACCAAUCAGGGUCAUAUCUUUUUCAAUUUCCGGCAAUUUUUAUGCAAUAGGAAGUGGAGAAUAUGUUUAUAUUUUUAAAAAUCGUCAUAAAAUUCAUUUAAUUGAAUCUGAAUGAGAAAAAAGAAAAAUUUACAUUUUGUGUGGCUCUUUUACAUGCUGUGAAAAUUAUUUUAUUUAUGGAAAUGAUAAAGGGUAUAUAAAUUUUUUUUCUUUAAUCAGCCAAAAUAUUGAGAAAAAAAUAUUUAUAGGUACUUCUCGUAUACAUUUAUUAUCAAUUUCAGCCUUUGCUGAAUACAUUGCUGUCCUUGAUAAAAAUGGAAAACUAACGAUUUGAAAUUUUAUAACUGAGCCAACCAUUAUAUAUGAAACCGAUUUCAGUUUAAACUCGAAACUUCAAUCAAUUAUAUUGUCACCAAGAGGUAAUUAUAUAAUUUUACAAAUUCGAGACGCUCACUCAUUUGAAAUUUUUGAUUUUAACAAAGGACAAGUAAUCUAUAAAUCAAGUAGCUGCCUUCGCAGUAUUGAGUCAAUAUCAUGGUCACCAUCAGGCAAUUUUAUCAGCGCUGCUUACUUGGGAUUUUUUGGAAUUUGGGAUUUCAGCAUUUUAACAGAGAAAAAUCAGACAAAUGUUGAAUGCUUAAGCUGGGCUAGCUCUUUAAGACAUUUUAAUAUAAAAUGGUGUGAUUUUUCAAAUGCAAUUAUGGAUGAUAAGAACAUUAUAUUGUUUAAAGAGUUUCACAAACAGAUGAACCCUCAUUAA